AUGGAAUCCGAACUGAGAGCAUUUAAUAAGAAGAAAGAAGAAAUGAAAAGGGACUUAGAAGAAUUAGAGAGUAUUCUUUACCCACAGUACAAAGAAAUGGAAUUAGGAUUAUGUAAAGAAAAAUCCAAGAUAGACAGUGAAUACGAGACAUUAACAACAGCAGUAUGCAAACAAGGAGAAAUCUGGCACAAGGAAAUCGAGUUGAUUGUCAGCAAACACAAAAGUGAAAUUGAUGAGAUGAAACACAAACAUUUAGCGGUCUUGGAAAAACAGGAAGCCGAAAUUACACGAUUAAUUAACGAGAUGGAGCAAAGAAUCCUGUAUGUAAAAGAAAUUCUUGAUUCCAAUAAUAUUGCAGUAACUACCUCAUACAAUUCCGUUAAUGAGAGACUCAGAAUAUUACCUGUAAAAGCGAAUUGCUCGUUACCAACGUUUACUCCUAAUACUAUAGAUGAAGAGCACAUUCAUCUGAUUCGUCAGUUUUUUGGUUUUCUAACAUCACUCUCCAUUACAUUUGAAGAGGACAACGAUAUUAAGGCAACAGAUGGGGCACACUCCAGAUCUGAUACCGUCUUGCUUGCAGAACCACAACUCAUCGUGACUAUCAACACAAAACUUACAAACCUUCACAGUAUAUCCUGUUUUAAAGAUGAAAAAGUCUGGAUAAGUGGAGAAGAAAACAUCAUAAAGCUUUAUAAUCUCAAGGAUUCCUUGGUGAAAGUGAUCCAAACCAGGUCAGGAAACGCACCUACUGAUAUAACUGUGACAAAAAAUGGUAAUUUGAUCUAUACUGACCGCGAUUUUAAAGCAGUCUAUAAAGUAAUUAAUGAGCAAAUUAAAGAAUUGAUCAGAUUCCGAGAUUGGACACCUUACAACAUCUGUAUUUCCUCAAAGGGUGGCCUUCUGAUCACAAUGGGCAGAAACAAAAAACAUUCAAAGAUCGUGCGAUGUAAAGCUUCGGUAGAAACACAGACAAUUCAAUAUGAUACAGACGGCAAACCGCUGUUUUCUGUAGACAGUUUUACAGUGUACAGUAAAUACAUAUGUGAAAAUAAGAACCUGGAUAUCUGUGUAGCUGACGGUAAAGCGCAGGCCAUAGUGGUUGUCAACCAAGCUGGACUAUUCCGAUUCAGAUACACUGGGCACCCCACAACUACUAAAAAGAAAAGAUUCUGUCCCAUUGGGAUCACUUCAGAUUCUCAUAGUCAUAUUCUGACCACAGACGUGAAUGAAAACCGCAUCCACAUCCUAGAUCAGGACGGAAAAUUCAUUCGUUAUAUUGAUAACUGCGGCCUUCUCUGUCCUUGGGGCUUAUGUGUUGACAUCAAGAACAAUCUCUUUGUUGUUGAAUGUCACAGCAGUAAAGUUAAGAAAAUCAAAUAUUUAAAUUGA